CCAGGCAUCGAUUGGGGGUGUUCGCCAUCCUCCCGGUAUGGAUGGCAUAUGACCUUAAGUGUAAUUACACGGAUCUUUCUCUCACUGCGAGCAAUAACCUGCAGAGCAUUCCCGAUCGAAUUCAAAGCACUAGCACUAGCACGGCCCAUCAAACGCAAACCCGCUGACGGCGCUACACACCGAUUAUUGGCGCUUAUCCUCGUGCCGUACGCCGCUCAUGUCAGAACACGAAACUUAUCUUGCAGUUCUCAAGGCCUUUUACGACUACGAGCCCCAGUCAGAGGACGAGCUCGCGAUCACUGAGAACCAGAUCGUAUUUCUCCUUGAACGUACCGAUGAUGAUUGGUGGAAGGUCAAGAUAAAAGGCGAUUCGCAGGAGGAAGAUAGUCCAUCUGGCUUCGUCCCUGCCGCUUAUGUCCAGCAGGCUCAACACACGUCUCUCGUCAGAGCUCUCUAUGGUUUUGAUUCUACUGCACCCGGAGAGCUGUCCAUCGAGGAGAACGAAAUUCUUAUGGUCUUUGACCGUGAAGAAGGGUGGAUGCUCGUUCAAAGCAAGAAGGAGGGCGGUAAGGCUGGCUUUGUACCGGGGAACUAUGUCGAAGAGGUAUUUACAUCAUGUGAGGAGGCAGAGGAAGUGACACAGGAAGGUGGGCAAGAUGAAUUGACCGUGCAAGAGGGCGAGCGGCUGUGGAUCAUUGAGAAAGAGGGUGAAGAAUGGUGGAAGUGCAGGAAUGUGCAUGAUAUCGAGGGUGUUGUGCCCGCGUCGUAUCUCGAGAGCAAUGGAGCCGAGCGUGGGGAGCGCCAAGAAGCUGCAAAGCGUGCUCGCCAGAAGGCAGAGAGGGGACAGAGUUCGUCGACGUAGGUGUUGCAUUCAAUUCGAAGUUCUUUUUGAUACAUCUUACUCUCAGUCGUCCCUCGACCUCGCGAAUGAACCCCAGGAACUCGACUUCUAGCGCAAGAUGCAGCUCAAGCGACAUUCACAAGAAAAUGCCUUCCGCGAAGUCGACGCGUAUAUGGCACGACCGCAGUGGCCAAUUCCGAGUCGAAGCUGCUUUUCUUGGG